GCCGUCGCCCGACCGGGCCGACGACGGGGGCGACUGGGCGCCGGAUGUGGACCAGCGCAUGGAGAAGCCCGACAGGCGGACGUUUUUCCACACUGCGGGCAAGAACCACACGAUCGGGCAAGCGAAGACGGACGGAAAGAAGUACGGCAAUCCGCAGGAGGAGUGCGAGGUUGGCAGCACCGUGAUGCUUCAGGUUGACGAGGUUCACUUCGGCCAGCCACGUGUCGGCUUGCGUGGAGAACCAGAGAUGAUGGGGAAGAUGAUCAAGUGGCCGGCCGAUAAGUUCGACGAGUAUACACUAGAGUGUGCGCAGAUAUCUUUUGGUACCGACUAUUGGGUCUGGUCCACGGCCACAAUCACGUCCAAUCGCAUCCUGUACGCGAUGAAGCGCGCUGGGGUGCGGGAGCUGCGGGCGCAGUGCGUCCCGGCGCCGCCCCUGCCCGAGCCCGACGAGGACACGGACGUCGACCUGACCUACGGCGCCAGCAUCCAGGGCAUCCAGCUCGUGCCGUGA